CAAUCAUGUGCCAUCUUUGAAGUUAGACGUGUGUGAUGACCAAUCACAAUUUAGUAUUCAGUGAAAGGUGGGACUUCCGGUUGCUCGUAUAAACCAUCUGAGGCCUGCACAUGCGGUUUUGAUCUGUUGCUUGGCCGUAGCUCACACCGAAAAGACAAACACAAUGGCCGAGAACGAUGUUGACAAUGAGCUGUUGGAUUAUGAGGAAGAUGAAGAGCCACAGGGAGCCCCCGAGAGCGCUACUCCUGCCGGAAAGAAGGAGGUCAAGGGCUCGUACGUGUCCAUCCACAGCUCCGGCUUCAGGGACUUCCUACUCAAACCUGAGCUGCUCCGGGCCAUUAUCGACUGUGGUUUUGAGCAUCCAUCUGAGGUCCAGCAUGAGUGCAUUCCCCAAGCCAUUCUGGGUAUGGACAUUCUCUGCCAGGCCAAGUCUGGCAUGGGAAAGACCGCUGUGUUUGUUCUGGCUACACUUCAACAGAUCGAACCCGUUGAUGGCCAGGUCUCCGUUUUGGUCAUGUGCCAUAUACGAGAGCUGGCCUUCCAAAUCGGUAAAGAGUACGAGCGCUUCUCCAAAUACAUGCCCACAGUGAAGGCAGCUGUGUUCUUUGGAGGCCUGGCCAUCAAGAACGAUGAGGAGGUCCUCAAGAAGAACUGCCCCCACAUUGUGGUGGGGACGCCUGGCAGAAUCCUGGCUCUGAUUCGCAGCAAGGCCCUCAGUCUGAAGAACGUCAAACACUUUGUCCUGGAUGAGUGUGAUAAGAUGUUGGAGCAGCUUGACAUGAGGCGAGAUGUCCAGGACAUCUUCAGGCUCACCCCUCACGAGAAGCAAGUUAUGAUGUUCAGUGCCACACUCAGCAAAGAGAUCAGGCCAGUCUGUCGCAAGUUCAUGCAGGAUCCCAUGGAAGUGUUUGUGGAUGAUGAGACAAAGCUGACCCUCCACGGCCUGCAACAAUACUACUGCAAACUAAAGGACAGUGAGAAAAACCGCAAACUCUUUGACCUCCUCGAUGUUCUUGAGUUCAACCAGGUGGUGAUCUUUGUCAAGUCAGUGCAGCGCUGCAUUGCCCUGUCACAGCUGCUGGUGGAACAGAACUUCCCUGCAAUUGCCAUUCACCGAGGGAUGGCUCAGGAGGAGAGACUGUCCCGCUACCAACAGUUUAAAGAUUUCCAGAGGCGGAUCUUGGUGGCCACAAACCUGUUUGGACGAGGAAUGGAUAUUGAGCGGGUCAACAUUGUGUUCAAUUAUGACAUGCCAGAAGACUCCGACACCUAUCUGCACAGGGUGGCCCGUGCUGGUAGGUUUGGGACCAAAGGUCUGGCCAUAACCUUUGUGUCAGAUGAAACGGACGCCAAGACCCUGAAUGACGUCCAAGACCGCUUUGAGGUGAACGUGGCCGAGCUGCCAGACGAGAUCGAUAUCUCCUCCUACAUCGAACAGUCCAGAUGAGUGACCAGCCCCUCUUCCCCAUCGGUGUAUUGUGUAUUUGAAGUGGCUGUACUUCAGUUGAAAGCUCUGCCUGAUCCCUUGCUCACCAAACACUUUUAUUGUCAAUUUUUGGCGACAAGGUGUGGUCGCUUUUAAUUUGUCUUUUACUGUUUUGUUUUGCUCAGUGAAAUUAAACCUUUUUAUAAAACGCCA